AUGGAAAAUCAGGUGUUCGACUCGUCCGAGAAGCGGUUUGUCACCCGCACGUGGCGGGACGUGCGCGUCGGUGACGUCAUCACGGACGAGUACUUUCCCGCCGACCUACUCUUCCUAUCCGCCGAGAACGAGGACGGCCUGUGCUACAUUGAGACCAUGCAGCUCGAUGGCGAGACCAACCUCAAGAUCAAGAAGGCCCUGGACGAGACCAAGCACCUCACACGCGACAGCCUGGGGGAAUUCGAGGCCACCGUGCGCUGCGAGCCGCCCAACAGCCGGCUGUACCACUUCACGGGCAACCUGGAGAUGGCCAGCGCCGCCGCCGGGGAGGCGGCCGUGGUGCCCGUGCCGCCGGCGGGCGUGCUGCUGCGCGGCUGCAGCCUGCGCAACACGGCGAAGUAA